CGUCAGUAAUUCUGUCAGUAGUUUUGUAACCCCGUACUAAGGGGCAUAACCUUACUGGCCGGCUUACUCUGUGGAGAGUAGGAAUAGUCGUUUGGUUCAUAUAACAUAAAAUACUUCCAAAAUGGAUAAAGACGAGCUGGUACAGCGGGCCAAGCUUGCAGAGCAGGCCGAGAGGUAUGAUGAUAUGGCAGCAGCUAUGAAACAAGUUACAGAAAUGGGCGUGGAACUAAGCAAUGAAGAAAGGAAUUUGCUGUCGGUAGCUUACAAGAACGUUGUUGGAGCAAGGCGAAGUUCAUGGAGGGUUAUUUCAAGUAUAGAGCAGAAAACUGAAGGAAGUGAAAGGAAGCAGCAAAUGGCCAAAGAAUACCGCGAAAAGGUUGAAAAAGAGUUAAAGGAAAUAUGUUACGAUGUUUUGGGUCUAUUAGACAAGUUCUUGAUUCCCAAAGCAAGUAAUGCAGAAAGCAAAGUAUUUUAUCUGAAGAUGAAGGGAGACUAUUACAGGUACCUGGCUGAAGUUGCGACAGGGGAUCAGAGAAAUAGUGUUGUAGAAGAGUCUCAGAAAGCCUACCAAGAAGCAUUUGAUAUUAGUAAGACAAAAAUGCAGCCAACACAUCCUAUUCGGUUGGGUCUUGCUUUGAACUUCUCAGUGUUCUAUUAUGAAAUACUGAACUCUCCUGACAAGGCAUGCCAGUUAGCAAAACAGGCUUUUGAUGAUGCCAUAGCUGAAUUAGACACACUGAAUGAAGAUUCCUACAAAGACAGUACAUUAAUUAUGCAGCUUCUGAGGGACAACCUGACAUUGUGGACGUCGGACACACAAGGGGAUGGAGAGGAACCGACAGAAACACAAGAUAAUUAAUCUCACUUUGGACUGUGAGCAUUCCCACCACUGCUACAUCUUAAGCCUCAGAGACAAAGCCUUUCAUCGUUACAACUCUUACACCACAAUUUCUGAAAUACUGUUCAGAUUUAGUAGUGUUGGAAAUCAUAAGUUCUUCGACUAAAUAAACUUCCCUGUGGUUAUGUGUUAUUUUUAAUAUCAAGUGAUUCAACCAAGCAUGUGUUGUUGGUCCUAUCAUAAGCACUUUUGCUUGUGCUUGUUGUACAUUGUAUUAUUUCAACAAUUGAACAUGAGCUUAUCUUUUCUUGCAAACUACCACAUCAGCAUGAAACCACGGGGAAAGUACCAUUUCAGAUAGCUGUAGUAGUCUUAUGCUAAUCAAUUCAUUACAAAUCAUUGAUAUGCCAAAACAGUUCUCUGCCUAAUUCUUGUUCCUUUGUGUUUGUCAAUCUGUAUAAAGUGUUGCUAAGUUAUUAAAACAUGUUGAAAGAUGGGAUUUAUCAGGAGAUCCACCAGAGUUUCCAAAACGUAAUUUCUUUUGGUCCCUGUCGCUUGUAGUAAUUUUUCUAAACUGGUAUGUUUUAAAGUUGGCUUGCAUAAUCUCGUUAACUUGUUUUGUGUUUGAAUGUUUCGUUUCUAAGACACUGUGCCUGUCUGCUGUGCACAAUCAACACAGAACAGCCUUUUAGACGGUAAAAAUUUUUAAACAGGUGACAGCUUUAGAAUUUAGCUUCUUAGUGUGGUUUUCUCUGCCCUUCCGUUUUAAUUGUCUUUAUUCUUGUUUAAAACAUGUCAUAUAGUCACCUGUCUUUUCUGCAUGCCUGUUUUAUAAUUUACUACAAUAACAAAGUUGUAUAGAAAUAAACAGAACUGUAACUA